AUGUAUAAAGUCACCGUUGUGGGUAGCGGCAAUUGGGGCAGUGUUGCGGCUAAGCUUAUUGCCUCCAACACCAUCAGGCUUAGCUCCUUCCAUGAUGAAGUGAGAAUGUGGGUGUUUGAAGAAAAACUACCAAGUGGGGAGAAGCUCACAGAUGUUAUCAACAAAACCAAUGAAAAUGUUAAGUAUCUCCCUGGAGUCAAGCUUGGUAAAAAUGUAGUGGCAGAUCCAGACCUUGAAAAUGCAGUGAAGGAUGCCAACAUGUUAGUAUUUGUAACUCCACAUCAAUUCAUGGAAGGAAUAUGCAGAAGGCUUGCUGGGAAAAUAAGGGCAGAUGCAGAGGGUAUUUCACUAAUCAAAGGGAUGGAGGUCAAGAAGGAAGGUCCAUGCAUGAUCUCUACUCUCAUUUCCACACACCUAGGAAUCAAUUGUUCUGUUUUAAUGGGAGCCAACAUAGCAAAUGAGAUUGCCAUGGAGAAAUUUAGUGAAGCAACCGUUGGAUAUCGUCAAAACAGAGAAGCAGCAGAGAGAUGGGUUCAAUUGUUUAGCACUCCUUAUUUCGUUGUGACAGCUGUCCAGGAUGUUGAAGGGGUCGAAUUGUGUGGAACUCUAAAAAAUAUAGUGGCCACAGCUGCAGGUUUUGUUGAUGGCUUGGAGAUGGGAAAUAAUACAAAAGCGGCAAUCAUGCGAAUUGGUCUGAAGGAGAUGAUGGCAUUUUCAAAAAUGCUGUUUCCAUCUGUUAAGGACAGCACCUUUUUUGAGAGCUGUGGUGUAGCUGACCUUAUCACAACAAGCUUGGGUGGGAGAAACAGAAAAGUUGCUGAAGCUUAUGCCAGAAAUGGUGGGAAGAGGUCUUUUGAUGAGCUUGAAGCAGAGAUGCUCAAAGGCCAGAAAUUGCAGGGUGUUUUAACAUCAAAAGAGGUUUAUGAGGUUCUAAGCCAUCGUGGAUGGCUAGAAAAGUUUCCUCUCUUCUCAGCAGUGCACGCAAUCAGCACAGGUCGCCUUCCCCCAUCAGCCAUAGUUGAAUUCAGCAAUGACAAAUCCAGGCGUAGGCAGAGCAGGCUUUAGCUGUGCACCAGACAUGGAGGGGAGCCUUCUGACACAGUUGCAUUUUCUCAUAAAAAUCUUACGCCAACAAAGAGCUCAUUUAUUUGAUAGGAAGUCAG